AUGAAUGAUCCGCAAGUUAAUAAAACAUUAACAUACCUACGACAAGUGGAAACAGUCGCGCAGGAGGUGCUCGCGAAAAAGCACCUGAAAAUUGAAUUAUCCAACGGCAGGAAUAAAUUCAAUGAGGCGUACAGAGCAUUGCAAAAGAGUGAUGAAAAUCAUGCAUUUCUCAAGUGUGGAUCUUGUUAUUUAAGAUUUCCCAAAGAUGUUGCUAUUGAUGUUUUAAAAGAAGAUAUUAAAACAUCAACUGAAGAAAUUGAUGAGUUACAUGAAGAAAUAAGAAGAAAAGUUUCUGAUCUUCGAGAGUUGGAACAUCAACCUGGAAUUGUUGGUUUUGGUCUUAAACCUUUAAGUGGAGUGGAAGCCAGAGCUAUUUCAAAGGGUUUUGGUGAUCAUUAA